GGGGGGAGAUGUUUUGCCUUAGGAAUGAAUCCCAGCUGGGCUUAAUCGUUUCACUAUAAAUGAGGAAGGUUCUCCGGCUGGGGGGAAAUAAGAAGUCCAAAGAGAGAAGAAACUUCAGUUCAGACCAGGUCGGUGCAGAGGAGCGUUUGGACCAGAAUUGACUUGCUGCCGGUAUUUUCAGGGAUCAUCCUCCUAACAGAAGAUAAAUCAUGGCCACAUCAGCUUGGGUUGGCAAUCGAGGAACGAUCCCUUGUGCUUCAUGUUUCGAUCCGGCGAAUGAUGCUGCCCUCAUUCAGAAAGCCAUGAAAGGGAUUGGAACGGAUGAAAAGACUCUGAUCGACAUCAUUGCCAACAGGUCGAAUGCUCAGCGGCAGGUGAUUGCCGGGCAGUACAAGAUGGCUGCCGGAAAGGAUCUGAGAGAGGCAUUGAAGGCUGAGCUGUCUGGCCAUCUGGAAGACAUUAUCGUGGCUCUUGUUACUCCACCAGCCGUUUAUGACGCUGAACAGCUGAAUAAAGCCAUGCAAGGUGCGGGGACUGAUGAGAAGACGCUGAUCGAAAUCCUCGCUUCCAGAAACAACAAGCAGAUGAGGGAAGUUGCCCAGGCAUAUUACAAAAUUUACAACAAGAGCCUUGAGAGUGACAUCAGCGCUGACACAUCUGGCGACUUCCAGAAAGCCCUGCUGGUAUUGGCAGAUAACAAAAGAAAUGAAAGCCCAAUUGUGGAUGCACACCUUGGCAAGAGCGAUGCGCAGAUCCUCUACGAAGCAGGUGAGAAGAAGUGGGGCACUGACGAAGACAAGUUCACUGAGAUUCUGUGCCUGAGCAGCCUGCCGCAGCUGAAACACACCUUCACUGAAUACCAAAAGCUCUCCGGGAAGUCCAUAGAGGACAGCAUAAGGAGGGAGAUGUCCGGGGACUAUGAAGACCUGCUCUUGGCCAUUGUCAAAUGUGUGAAAAGCAUUCCUGCGUUCUUUGCUGAAAAACUACGUGGGGCUUUGAAGGGGGCUGGGACAGACGAACGUACACUGAACAGAAUCUUGGUGUCCAGAUCAGAACUUGACCUUUUGGACAUCCGAGCUGAAUAUAAGAAACUGUACGGACAUUCCUUGUAUUCUGCUAUUCAAUCUGACACCUCUGGGGAUUACAGGACCGCAUUGCUCAAGAUUUGUGGAGGAAAUGACUGAAGGCAGACGAACCUCAGGAGAAAGGCCAAGCCCGCCGCAACCCUGCCCUUCACCACUGUUGUCAUGGUCCUCCAAAACGUCUAAGCAAGUGUAAAAUUGUCACUCUCUUUGGACUCCUUUCUUCAUUUGGCUCAUAACCAGCAGAUGCUUCUCCUUGUGGCACGUACCUCCCAGCAA